AAGGUUGCUGAGGCAGGAACUUUGCCAGUCCCGGACGCCAGACCGGCUAGGACCCUCCUGUCAGGAGCCAGCUGCCAAGAUGGGGGCUUGGGCCUGGUUAUGGCCACCCCUGCUGCUCCUGGGGCUGCUUAGUCGACCCCCGGGUGCCACGGCCCAGGUCUGCUCUGUGAGCAACACCUUCUUCGAGGUCAAGGAGAACACAAAUCUCACCGAGCCCCUGGUUGACAUCUAUGUCCCGGAGGGCCAGCAGGUGGCCCUUGGACCCUCGUCCACCACCUUUGCAUUUCGGAUCCAGGGGAGCCAGCUGUUUCUCAACAUGACUCCUGAUUACGAGGAGAACACGUUGCUGCAGGCCCACCUGGAGUGCACACGGGGGGGCACGCUGGUGACCCAGCUGAGGGUGUUCGUGGCAGUGCUGGACGUCAAUGACAACUCCCCAGUGUUCCCCUUCACAACCAAAGAGAAGGCCGUGGAGGAGGACACUAAAGUGAACUCUACUGUCAUCCCUGAGACAGAGCUGGAGGCUGAGGACCCAGACAAAGAUGACAUCUUAUUCUACACCCUUCAGGAAGUGACCCCAGGUGCCAGUGACUUCUUCUCCCUGGUGGGUGCAAACCGCCCGGCUCUGAGACUGGACCGGCCCCUGGACUUCUACAAGUGGCCGAACAUGACCUUCCGGCUGCUGGUGCGGGACACUGCAGAGGAGAGUGCAGAGCCCAGCCACACGGCCACCGCUACCCUGGUGCUAAAGGUGCUGCCUGCAGACCUGCGGCCCCCGUGGUUCCUGCCCUGUUCCUUCUUCGAUGGUUACGUCUGCAUUCAGGCCCAGUACCAUGGGGCUGUUCCCACGGAACACAAGCUGCCGUCCCCACUUGUCUUGAGUCCUGGGCCCAUCUAUGCUGAGGAUGGAGACCGGGCCAUCAACCAGCGUGUCAUCUAUAGCAUCGUGAAUGGAGAUGUGGACAGCAUAUUCACCAUCAACCCAGAUUCUGGCAACCUCACCAUGGCUAGGAGUGUGCCCAGCCCGAGGACCUUCCUUCUGGUGGUGAAGGGUGAGCAGACCGACCGUGCCCGCUACUCCAUGACCCAGGUCACUGUGCAGGCCCUUGCUGCCAUGGGGAGCCUGCCCCACUUCCCCCAGAACCUGUACCUUGGCACCGUGGCACUUGGCUCUGGAGCAGGUGUUGCUGUCAAGGACGCCGCUGCCCCCUCCCAGCCUCUGAGGAUCCGGGCCCAGGAUCCAGAGUUCCCAGACCUCAACUCAGCCAUCACUUAUCGAGUCACCAACCACUCUUACUUCCGGAUGGAUGGAGAGACAGUGCUGACCACCACUGUGCUGGCUCUCAGGGAGGUCUUCUAUGCAGAGGUUGAGGCCAAGAACACGGUGACCCUGGGCACAGCAACCACAGUGGUUGAGAUCCGAGUUUCUGAACAGGAAGCCCCCCCCACAGGUCCACCAGAGGCUGGAGGAACAGCACAGCCCUGGCACAGCACAACCGUGGAAGCCCCCAGGCCCCCUGGGCCCUCUCAGGGACCCUCCACAACCAGCUCUGGAGGAAGCCCAGGGCCUCACCCACCCUCAGGCACAACUCUGAGGCCACCUGCCUCACCCACACCUGGGGAGCCUCCCAGUAUGGCAAGCAGCACCUCCCCGCAAUCAGGCACAACUGGGGGCCCAGCACAGAACAUGAGUCCAGGGACCUCUUGGCUGACACCCCCAGGGCCCAGCAGGAGCCCUCUGCCCUCAGCAGGGACACUAGGUGAUGACCUCACUGGGGACAAGCGCUUCUCGAUGGUUGACAUGGGCACCCUGGGCGGGGUGCUGGGUGCGCUGCUCCUGCUGACCCUCCUCUGCCUGGGGGCCCUCGUCCAUAAGCACUAUGGCCACCAACUGAAGUGCUGCUCUGGCAAAACUCUGGAGCCCCAGCCCCCAGGGUUUGAGAACCAGGCCUUCCAUGCUGCCGAGGAGGCCAACUGGGCACCCGCCCCAAGCCCAGGGCACAGCCCCAAGCCCACGGAGGCAACGCCAAUGCCUGCCCAACCUGCACCACGAAAGCCUCCCGCAACACCUGAGCCCCCCAGCCCCGUGCCCCCCAGAAGUGUCCCCGAGUCCCCUGCGGCGGCCCCGUCUGGAGAAAGCCCCGCCGCCGUGAGGUCCAUCCUGACCAAGGAGCGCCGGCCAGAAGGCGGCUACAAGGCGGUGUGGUUCGGUGAGGACAUCGGAGCCGAGGCAGACGUCGUAGUCCUCAACGCGCCCCCCUCGGAGGCAGAUGGCGCUGGCGAUUCAGGCAACGAGGGCAGCGGAGAGGAGGACGCAGAAGGGGGCCGGGGUGGGAGUCCCCACAGCGAAGCUGGUGACGACUCCACCUACAUCUAGGGUGGCCUUCCGCCCUCUUGGAGGGUCUGGACCCCGGGGGUUCCGCUCGGCUACACUCGCCCACCCUUCAUUAUGCAGAAUAAAGCGACACUUCUGG